AUGACCGACGGGAGGAUGAUUAAACGGAAAGGGGGGAAGGGGGGGAAGCCACCCCUAUUAAGGCACUCCAAAUUGAGGAAGCUUUUUUACAUAAGGAUGUACCUGGAGAGGAAGCGUCGCGAGGCUCGUUCCUCUAGCCGCAGAGGUGAUGGAAGCAACGAUGGAAGACGUGCCGCCCCCCCGGUAACGUUCGAAGAGUUAGGGGUGGAAGACUGGCUAGUCAAAAUAAGUAAAACGGUCCAAAUUAGUCAUCCAACAAAAAUACAGCAGUUGUGUUUGCCACUUAUAAUGAAGGGAUAUAAUGUGAUAGGGACAUCCGAGACAGGAACGGGGAAAACGAUAUGCUACUGUUGGGGCAUUCUGCAGGAGUUAAAUAAGAACUCGUAUGGAGUCUUCGCCCUAGUGCUGCUGCCAACCAGGGAGCUAGUAGUCCAAGUCGUUGAACAAUUCCUUCUGUACGGAUACAGGAUAGGAAUAAAAAUCCUUUCUUGCAUUGGUGGGUCUUCCCUAAUUGAGCAGAGAAGGAGAGUGCUGGCCAAGCCACACGUUGUCGUGGGUACCCCCGGGAGAACCAGCGAUAUUAUAGAUAACUGUGAGGACGUUAGGAAUUGCUUCAAAAGGCUCAGAUUUUUUGUUUUGGAUGAAGCGGACUUGCUGCUGCAGAAGUGUUACGAGUCGAAGUUGGAGGUAAUUCUCCGGAGUUUGCCCAAGCCGGCGGGGGGAGGAAGCGGGGCAGGAAGUGGGGCAGUCAACGGGGCAGGAAGCGGACCACUCUACGCACCACUCUGCGCACCACUCUGCGGCGGGAGCAGCGGGCGGAGGACCCUCCUCUUCAGCUCCACCAUCACGGACUCGCUAGAACUACUCGCCAACUCGUUCCCACAGGAAAACCUAAUUCUUGUGAAUGUUAACAAGAAGCAAAAGCCGCUGAAAAAUCUGGACCAACGGUACAUCUACGUCGACGAGAUAGCGCAGAUGACCUACUUGGUGUACCUUUUACGAAAAAAGUUACCUGACCAGUCAGGCAUUAUUUUUACAGACAACAGCUACAGAUGUGAAUUAAUUUACACCGUGUUGUGUAUGCUGGGGGGGUUCUCUGUAGAAUCCAUACACUCAUCAAAGGAUCCAAAAAAACGGCUAGCUGCUUUGUCCAAGAUAAAAAACGGAGCCUGUAAAAUCUUGAUCGCUACAGAUAUAAUAAGUAGA